AGUAGUCUGUGUACUUAUAUACAUUUGUAUUUUUUAUUGUAAUCUCUAUUUUCUCUAAAACAUUUCUAAUGUUAAUCUUUGAUAGAGUUAUAGAAAUUAAACGUGCUUGAUAAUUAAUAACGGUCAAUUCGUGAAUAAAGAUACAAUGGAUGUGGAUACAGAUGGUAGAAAAUCUCGUUCCCGCAGUAGAUCGGUGGCUUCAGACUCAAGGAUGUCACAUGAUGGCUCCCCAAACUCUAAAAGAAAUUCAAGAUCGCGCUCUAACUCGCACAGUGUUUCACGAUCUCGUUCUCGCUCCAAAUCACGAUCUCGAUCUCGUUCAAAGUCCCACUCUCGCUCAAAAUCCCGUUCUCGCUCCAAGUCUCGUUCCCGCUCAAAGUCCAGCUCGCGAUCUCGAAGCGGCUCUCGUUCGCGUUCACGAUCUCAUUCUGGUUCACCAAAAUCUGGCCGAUCGAGAAGCAGAUCGCCCGCAAAAGACAGAUCUAGGAGUGGUACGCCUCAGUCACGCUCCAGUCGUGGAUCUAGAAGCAGAUCGAAAAGUGGUUCGCCGGCUCGGUCGCGGUCGAGAUCCAAAUCAGGAAGUGUAUCAUCUAAGAAAUCCAGGUCACGCAGCAAGUCUCAGAUUCGCUCGAGAUCCGGCUCACGCGCUAAGUCCAGGUCUCCAAGUGCUUCCUCUAGGAAAUCUAGAUCCCGUAGUGGUUCUCCGCGGAGAUCGAGGUCACGCAGCAGCAGCACAAAAAAAUCUAAAUCACGGAGUCCUUCUCCAUCCGCGUCACCGUCUAAAGCGAAUUCUCCGAGAAAAUCAAAGUCCAAAUCACGAAGUAUAUCACCAAAUAAAACUCGCUCACGGAGCAGGUCAAGAUCUGUGGACAAAAUGGAAGUGGACCGUGAACACGACACGGCCGCAGCGCGUUCUCGCAGUGUCUCCAAGGAAAAAAUGGUGAAGUCACCAACCGGUUCCCGUGCGAGCCGGUCAGGGUCCCGUUCUAGGAAAUCUGUAUCACGCUCACGAUCCCGGUCCCGCUCAAAAUCUCCAGCAGCAGACAAUGCAAGGAAAAGUCGAUCUCGUUCUUUAUCCGAAUCUCGGAAGUCGGCUUCACGUUCGCGGUCACGCUCGCGUUCUGGAUCACGAUCUAAGUCGAGAUCACGAUCCCGCUCCGGCUCCCGCUCUCGAUCUCGCUCCAGAUCCAAGUCGCGAUCCAGGUCCAAGUCGCGCUCCAGGUCUCGGUCCGGUUCGCGCUCACGCUCUCGCUCCGGCUCUGCUAAAUCUAAAUCCAGGUCGCGCUCUAGAUCGCGGUCCAGCUCGAGAUCAGGGUCUGGUUCACCGUCCAGAAGGGGCACCAAGCGGCGCGCGGUGCGGCUCGCCUCCGACGACGACGCGGCGCCGGAGGGGGGCGCGGCGGGGGCGGGGGCGGAGGGGGCGGGGCCGGGGGCGGCGCCGGGCGAGGCGGGCGCGGAGGGGGCGGGGCCGGGGGCGGAGGGGGGCGCGGCCUCGUCGGACGAGGAGGCGCCGGGCCCGUCGAGCGCGGAGGCGGGCGGCGGGAUGUCCGACUUCGAGCUGAUGUUGGCGCGCAAGCGGGACGAGCGGCGCGGCCGGCGGCGGCGCAGGGACAUCGACAUCAUCAACGACAACGACGACCUCAUCGCGCACCUCCUGCAGCAGAUGAGGGCCGCCGCCGACCGCGACCGGGACCUCAACCGCCGCAACCAGCCCGCCGUCUCCAAGGUGUCAAUGCUGAAGUCUGCGAUGUCGCAGCUCAUCAAAAAGGACCUGCAGCUGGCGUUCCUGGAGCACAACGUGCUGAACGUGCUGUGCGACUGGCUGGCGCCGAUGCCCAACCGCGCUCUGCCCUGCCUCCUCAUCAGGGAGAGCAUCCUCAAGCUGCUCAUGGACUUCCCGUCCAUCGACAAGUCCCUGCUGAAGCAGUCGGGCAUCGGCAAGGCGGUGAUGUACCUCUACAAGCACCCCAAGGAGACCAAGGCCAACCGCGAGCGAGCCGGCAGACUCAUCUCAGAGUGGGCGCGGCCCAUCUUCAACCUCUCCACCGACUUCAAGGCGAUGUCCCGCGAGGAGCGGCAGGCGCGCGACGAGGCCAUGGCGGGCGCGCGGCGCACCGGAGCCGGCCCCGCGCCCCCCGGGGCCCCCGCCGGGCCCCCCGCCGGGCCCCCCGGCAAGAGGGCGCGCGCGGACGGCGGCGCGCGGGGCGCGGGCGGCGCGGGGGCGGGGCCCGCGGGGCCCGGCGCGGCGGACGGCGAGCGCGCGCCGCGCCCCGGGGACCCGGGCUGGGUGGCGCGCGCGCGCGUGCCGCUGCCCUCCAACAAGGACUACGUCUACCGCCCCAAGUCCACCUGCGAGCUGGACAUGUCGCGGGUGAGCAAGAAGAAAAUGACGCGAUACGAGAAGCAGAUGAAGCGGUUCAUAGACCAGAAGCGCAUGCGCAGCGGCUCGCGGCGCGCCGUCGAGAUCUCCAUCGAGGGACGCAAGAUGGCGCUCUAGGCCCCGCCCCGCCCC